CCGCCUUCGUUUGCGCAUGCGUGGAGCGCGCGUAGUCAGAGUUCGGGAGUUGGCCGGUAGGGUGCAGCGCAUGCGCACUGAGGGGGAUGUAGUUGUGGAGAAGGAGGCGGUGGCUCCUGAGGACGCUUUGGGCCUCCGCCUGGGAUGGAAGCCGGGAAAGAGCACUGGAAGCUUCUGGGCAGCCUAAAGUCUACUGUGGAGGGCUUGGUGUCCAUCAGCAAUCCCAACGUCUGGUCUAAAUAUGGGGGCUUACAACGGCUCUGCAGGGACAUGCAUGGCAUCCUGUACCAUGGUCUCAUCCCAGACAAGGUGUGUUGCCAGCAGAGGGAUUACUGGCAUUUUGUGAAGGACAUCCGCUGGCUGAGCCCUAAUGCAGCCCACCAUGUGGAGAAGUUCAUCAGCCUGCAUGAGAACGGGCAGCGGAACGCCGACCGAGCCAUUGCAGAGCUCUGGCUACAGCACAGCCUGCAGUUCCAUUGCCUCUCAGCUCAGCUGAAGCCUCUGCUUGAGAACAAGCAGUACGUCAGGAAAUUCUAUGCAGACUCUGCUUUUUUGCUCAGCGAUGCCCAUGUCACAGUCAUGCUUCAGUGCUUGGAGGCUGUGGAGCAGAACAACCCCCGGCUCUUAGCUCAGAUAGAUGCAUCCAUGUUUGCCAGAAAAAGCGAGGUUUCCAUGCCCAUGACCAAGAGCCAAAGCCUCACAGCACUUCCUGGUUCUAUGUGUAUUCCUCCCGCUGAAUCUACAACCCCAUGCUAUUUUGGCUCCUUCUCAGGUGUUCACACAGCUGCCGCCAGUAUCCAAGACAGGAGAUUCUCAAGCACUUUGGUUUGCAGCAGUAGCUCCAGCCAGCCUCAGGAAAAUGCCCCGUGUGCCUCAUCAUCCCACUGGCAGCCGGAGGGCCGGUCCCCCCCACGCCUGAUUGCCCCUCAGCUCACUGUCUCUUGCCCCAAAGACUCCUCCCCGACUGGUGAGAUGAGCGCCACCGGCACUUCCGUCGACCCCAGUGAUGACCCUUGGGCAGGAGGCCAAGAUGACACAGACGGGCCAGAGUACCUGGCCAUCGGGAACCUGGGCCGGCAGAGUCGGUCCUGCGACAGCCCCAGCGAGUCCAACGCAGCCACCCCCAACAGCGCUGGGAGCAGCACCUCCAACCUGUUCUCAUCCAGCAGUUCACAGAAGCCAGAGUCCCUCUCCUCCUUGAGUGAGCAUGGAGCCAGCGGAGGGAGCAGCAGCAGCGUCCGAGGAACCAGCAUCUUGCGCAGGUCCAGCUUCUCAGAGGGACAGACAUUGGCUCCACCAGGGACACUCAGGAGGAGCCACAUGCGCUCCCACUCGGACACCAACGUGGCCUCUGGGAGAGCACAUGGAGGGCACAGGGAUAUGAGCAUUAUAAUAGAAGACCCUGUAGCAGAAUCCAAUGGAGAUAUUUCCCAGUUCAAAGGCGGCAUGUCCUGCUCAAUGCAGAGAGGCGAAGUGAGCUCUCCUGGCUCUGUCUAUGUGGAAUAUGACACAGGGCAAUAUUUGCACUCUGGCGAAGGGAUGUUCCGAAGGCCCUCCGAAGGCCAGUCCUUGAUCAGUUAUUUGUCAGAGCAAGAUUUUGGAAGCUGCGCAGACUUGGAAAAGGAAAACGCUCACUUUAGCAUCUGCGAGUCACUCAUUGCUGCCAUUGAGCUGAUGAAGUGCAACAUGAAGAACAGGCAACUGGAAGAGGAGGAGGAGGACAGCGACAAGGAAAUCCAGGAGCUGAAGCAGAAGAUCCGCAUCCGGCGGCAGCAAAUCAGGACCCGGAAUCUUCACCCGGCUUACGAGGAAAUAGGCUCCGACAGUCUUCUGGCAACAGACAGCGGGUCCCACUUCAGCUCCCGAGAUUCAGCACGUCUUUCUGACUCUGGAUCGGCUGAAGAGGUGGAUGAAUACGAGAUCAAAGAUGGUAACGAUGGAUCUAACCUCAUUCAGUUGUCCAAGAGUGGCCUGUCCGUCUCAAUGGCUUCCUUGUUUUCAGAUGAAGACAUCAAGAGGUGUUCAGCUCCCAGCAGAAAAGCCUUCCACUUCUCUGGAUCCACCAGGUUCCACUCCUUCCUGAACUCGAACUCAGCCGAAGCCGUGGCCAUGGGCCUCCUGAAGCAGUUUGAAGGGAUGCAGCUCCCAGCAGCUUCAGAACUUGAAUGGCUUGUGCCGGAGCAUGAUGCCCCUCAGAAAUUGUUGCCAAUUCCCGACUCUGUUCCCAUCUCUCCCGAUGACGGGGAGCACGCUGACAUCUACAAGCUCCGCAUCCGGGUCCGGGGGAACCUGGAAUGGGCCCCGCCACGGCCACAGAUCAUCUUCAACAUCCAUUCAGCACCAACGAGAAAGGUGGCAGUGGCCAAGCAGAACUACCGCUGUGCAGGCUGUGGCAUCAGGACAGACCCCGAUUACAUCAAGCGCAUGCGCUACUGCGAGUACCUUGGCAAAUACUUCUGCCAGUGCUGCCACGAGAACGCCCAGAUGGUCAUCCCCAGCCGCAUCCUACGCAAGUGGGACUUCAGCAAGUAUUAUGUCAGCAAUUUCUCCAAAGACCUGCUCACCAAAAUCUGGAACGACCCUCUCUUCAACGUGCAGGACAUCAAUCCUGGCCUCUACCGCAAGGUCAAGCCGCUCAACCAAGUCCGGCUGCUGCGAAUCCAACUGUACCACAUGAAGAACAUGUUCAAGACCUGCCGCUUUGCUAAAACGCUUCUGGAUGCCUUUGAUGCUGUGCCAGGCCACUUGACAGAAGACCUUCACCUCUAUUCUUUAAAUGACUUGGGGGCCACCAAGAAAGGGGAGCUGCUUCCCCGUCUCUCGGAGCUCCUCAGGGCAGGUUCCCUGCACGUCGAGAAAUGCAUGCUGUGUCAGGCUAAGGGCUUCAUCUGCGAGUUCUGCCAGAACGAGGACGACAUCAUCUUCCCCUUUGAGUUGAAUAAGUGCAGAACUUGUGAGGAAUGCAGAGCCUGCUACCACAAAAUCUGCUUCCGGUCAGGGCCCUGCCCCAAGUGCAAGAGGCUGCAAGCACGGAGAGAGCUGCUGGCAAAGCAGAGCAUGGAGGCCGACCUCUCGGAUUACGAGGAUGGACAGGAAGAGGAUGCGGCAGGAGCGGCCACGUGACAGUCGGCAAGACCGGACACUUGUCUCCAGACACUGAACUGACAGUGGACUAAAGAGGACAUUCCCACAGGCAAACGCACCAGAUGCGAUGGAGGGAUGUUUUGCACUUGACCAGGGAGAUCUAGUUUCCCUCUCCCAUGUGAGAUCCAGGGCAAGGUUUAUGGACUCUUCUUGCCAAUAACUUUGAUGCACUACAAAGCCAAGCUUUGCUUUAAGGCAGGCAUGGGCAAACUUCAGCCGUCCAGGUGUUUUGGACUUCAACUCUCACAAUUCCUAACAGCUGGGAGUUGAAGCCCAAAACACCCGGACGGCUGACAUUUGCCCAUGCCUGCAAAGUCUAAGGAGAACAGAAAAGGAGAGUACUGACGAAGUACCCAAACACACUCCAAAAGGGAAAAACGACCCACCCAAACCAUUUUGCUCACAGGCUACUUUUAUUUUGUUUUUCUAUUUUUUUCCAAAUUACUGCCGAUUCUUUUGUUACUGACCAUUGCUUAUCCAGGUCUUGUUGAAUGCCUGAAGUCUAUGAAAUGUGAUAGGGAAGCUGGAGCUGAAGGGCUGUAAGGUUUGGUCCUUUUCUGUUUGACUUGCUUUUAAAAAACCAGGUAAUUGAAGAAAUAAGCUGUUACCUGGGACCUAAGUCAGGGAUGGGAGGCCAGGUGGGUUGUAGACCAUAUAUUCAUAUCAAAAUGUUCUGCAUGUAGAUUCCUCCCCCUACUUCCUUUCCAUUCCUCCACAUUUGUCUUCCUUCCCCAAAUGUGUCUGUUUAGCAAAUGAAACUUGGGUACCAGCUUUGAAAAUAUCUAUCCAAGAUGUUGCUUUUCAUGGGAGCCAUGUACUUAUGUUGGUAGCCGUUCUGUUUAUCUACCACAGUCCUAAUAUAUUUGGCAGUCAUUAGAGCCACCUUCCUCCAGCCAGAUGUUCUCCAAAUGUGCACACUAUAGCUUCCAUAAUUUCACGCCAGUAUGGCCAUGGAUAAUGGGAGUGGUAGUUCAGCAUAUCAGGAGGAUGCUACUCAGGGUUGUUCUAUAGAUCAGGAAGAAAUGAGCUAUACAUGAUCUUAUUGUGAUUCACCUGUUUUCUGUAGAGGAAUUGAUGAGCGGCCAGGUAGCUUUCCACUUUUAGGGUACGGGAACAUUCCCUUUUCUCCAUUUCAUGUUGGUAGCUCAAAAGUACAGGAAGUGGCAGUUUCUUAGAAGCUCAUCUUGGGGUUGUUGGUAUUGAGGAAUUGUAGUUCAUUUUGUCAUUCUUUAGAGCUUGGCAGGAAGAGAGCCGAGGGGAUGUUGGGGUUCUGUUUUAUGUCUUUGAAAUAGUUAAUGCAGCACUUGCUCUUCCUCCUGCAAAGAGUCAUGGAGUAGACAUUCCUCUCCUGAUGUAUUCUCAUCUGAUACUGAUACGUCCUCCAAGCUGUUGGGGAAUGCAUAUAAUGUCCUUGUGCACUAACAAAACACCUUUCUGCUAAAUGCCUAGAAAUGGGCUGUGUGCUUUAAGGUGCAAUGUGAGUAGAAAAUAAAGUCUGAGGCUCUUGGGGUGAUAGAACAAAUGGAUGUAUGGAGCAAAUUUUCAUUCCCAUGUACAUUGCUUAAUGGCAUCUUAGCAUGAAGUGUGCUCAUUCUCAUCCAUGUCUGGAAACUUGGUCUGUAGCACUUGCAAUGCAGGCAGGCUUUCAAGAGCACUUAGAACCGUCCUGUAGUAUGUCUUUAAGAAAGGGUUUGUGAAUGUGCGCGAGGGUCAGUGUGUUGUAUGAAGGUGGGCAUUGGGUGCCAUGUGAGGCCUGACAAUGUGAUUUAAGAACUGGAAAAGAUGGGAAUUCUGGUACAGUCGGCUCAAGCAGUAGUCAGCAGAAUUUUCUGAUUUCUUGUAAGAUCCUAUUUUAAUUUUUGCACCAUUUUAAAAAAAAUUGUAUUGGGAAAACAGACUGAAAUCCAGUUAGAAGUGGACAUUUAUUUAUGCAAAAGUCACAAGGACAAGCUCUUAGGAUUUGUGUUAAUAAAAGCAUUUUAAAGGGAUCUUUUCCCUGCUUUACAUUUUUGUGGUUUUUUUUAACUCCCUGAGUUUGCAUCGUGCCAGAAGGCUGCCCUUUCUUGCUUCUUUAACAGUGAAGUGGAAAAAGCUGGUGGUGCCUUGUGGUUUGCAGUCACUUCAGAUACCAUCUUUCACCACCCACUGGCUCAGGAUUUGUAUCUUUAAUGAGAGUGACAUAUCAAGUAUUUAGUAUUCUUAAGAGUUUUGCCAGGGCCCACGGAUUUGCUUUCGAGUUUGAAAAGAAAAUGCUAAAAUAAUUGGUUUUGGAGACUCAGGCUUUGUAGUGGCUUUGUAUUGUAAGCGGUUUGUGAGCAAGGAGGAAGCAGGUCCUAGGACAGAAUGCAAGCAAGGAGCUGGGGACUUUGAUGGCUUUGUGAAUUCUUUUUGGAAAGACAGAUGAUGGAGAAAUAAAGGACAGAGACACAGCUUAAGCUUGAGAUAUUUCUCUGGUGUUUGAUAGCUGGACUGUCUAACUUGACCUAUAUAAAUACAGGGUCCAUGGAGAGAGAACAGAGGGAUCAUUCAUCUCAUAAACUGCCCUUUCUGUACCUUUGCGACAUCUCCAAAAGUCUCAUCUCAUUCCGCAGAAGGAACAAAACACAUUGCCUGACAAAUGUGUCUUCUAGUGAAAGAUUUGUGGCAAUAUGGAGCCUUUGAUCCCUGUGGCCCAAGUCCUCCCUAAUUCCUCUGAGAGCUUUGAAUUUGAAAACUUUGAAAGACAAAGCCCAUUCUUCUUCUCCUGCUCCCACAUCCAUAUCUGUCUCCUUAGCACCCACUCCAUUCUCGAGACGUUUCCUUCCUAUUUAUUUCAGGCCCAAACUAUACCUGAUGCCAGUCAUGUGUUUACACAUGUUCAGUGUGGCGGUUUAUAUCUUGGAGGUGAAAACAGCUUUAAGGGCUCUGUUUCUAGCUUUCUUUUCCAAAAUAGAAGCAGCUGACCCAUCCUCCCACAGUCUGGUUCCCCUUGGAUUUAUGGGACUCUGUUUGAGGACAUUUGUUUAAAGAUGUGGUUAGUAUCACAUGUGUUUUGGCCCUUGGCAUCUCCUUGCUUGAGACUUCACACACUCCCACUCUGCACAGCAGGCCUUCUUUAACCAGAUUCCCUCCAGUAUGUGGCUUCUGAGAUGGAAUUUUGUUUUGUUUGUGAGCACUUUCAGCACUCGGGGAUAUUUCUUGUUUGCUGCUUAAAGCCAUCUGUUUAGCAGCGCCUGGGGGUGGGAGGAUUUAAGAAGCAAUUAUUUCAGUUUCAGAACAGUGUUUUAUAUUAUGUCAUUCAGGAUUCCCUCUGGAAUGUCCAAAAAGCCUCAAAGAGGGGCCUUGAUGUGCAGCAGAGGAGGUGAAGAAGCUAAACUCUCCUCAUCACCGAUGAAGCUGCCAUCCGUUUUAUUUGCCAUGGUUUUGCAGAGUGAUGCCACCUGUGACGUUGUAAAUGGUAUGGGGAAGCUCUUCCUAAAAUAACAGUCAAAAUACUGUUGGAAAAGAUUACCUAUCUGCUGUUCUAUUGCACAGCAUUAGAGUACCGUCCAUAAUAAACUAUAUUAAUAAACAUGUUGUACUUUU